AUGCAGAGGGUUGCUUUCGUAUGUGGAUAUGACGGCGCAGGUUACUUCGGGCUUCAACGGCAGCCUGACAACACUGGCAGGCCCACCGUGGAACAAGAGCUCGAGAGGGCGCUGGUGGCGGCGGGGGCACUGCAGGCGCGGCAUGCAGGAGCGCUCCAUAAGGUGAACUGGAGUCGUACAUCCCGUACAGACAAAGGCGUGAGUGCGGCUGCUAAUGUGGUAUCUCUGGACAUACCCUCUGGCGCGGCCGCCGCCGCGGCGGCCGCCAACGCAGCGGGCGGUCGCGGUAACAGCGGUGGCGGCGGUGGCGGCGCCGCCGCUGACCUGACGCCGCUGGUCAACUUGGUAAAUGCCGCCCUGCCAUCCGCGGUGAAAGUUUGGACGGCGACGCGGCCCGGCCCCAACUUUGAGGCUCGGCGGGCUGCCUACGGGCGCAGAUACGAGUACCUGGUGCCCGUGUGGGCCCUGGACCCGUCACUGACGCCCCUGGAGCUCAAGCGGCUGAACCUGAUCCUCGAGGUGUUCGUGGGCUCUCACUGCUUCCACAACUUCACCAGCGAGCCCGCGGACGACCCCCGGGAGCUCCGCCGUACAAUACACCGAGCGUACGCUGAGGGCCCCGUCUACCUUACAACCGCUGCAACCGCUGCAACCGCUGCAACUACCACAACCAUGGCCACCAUCUCUCCCACUUGCGGGAGGAAUUCGCCCACCCAGCCGCAGCCGCAGCCCCAACCCCAGCCCACAUCAACACCUGGUCCUGAGCCCCAGUCGCCGCCGCAGCCGCCGCUCCAGGUCUCGGAGCACCUCAUCCCGUCCGGGGCUCAGGCGCUGGCCCCACCGCCAGUGGCACUGACUGGCGGCACAUCACCCUGCCGUACAGAGCAAAUGAACAGACAGCGUAAACAGGAGCAGCAGCAGCAGCAGCGACCCGAGCAACAGCACGGGCAGCUGACUCCUGAAUCCGGAGACCGCCGUACCGUCCCGCCUGCAUCCUUGGACGCCGCCACCAGCACCAGCACCAUCAACACCAACACCAACACCACCGCCAGCGUACUCCCGCCGCCCUCCUCCCCCUCGGAUUCCGCCUCCAGCCCCCCUCCCCCUGCUGGCCCCUGCCACAACCCCGGCGCCGCCGUCCCCGCCGCCGGCGGUGCCGGUACCGGUACCGCUGCUGCUCCGCGGCCGGUCUCCGUAACCCCGACAGCGCCAUCGCCGCCACCGCCGGCGGAUACGGCAGAGCUAACGGAGGUGGCGGCGGAGGCGAAGGCGGCGGCCGGGGAUGAUGUGCCAGUAGCUCCGACUCCCUACGUGCGUAUCGUGUUUGUGGGUUGCGGCUUCUUAAUGCACCAGAUUCGCCGCAUGGUGGGUUUGGCGCUGGCUGUGGCCCGGCGCACCGCCCCCCCCGACUGCAUGCGAACCGCCCUGGACCCCGCUCGGCCCUUCCUCAUAACGGUGCCCACGGCGCCCCCUACCGGCCUCAUCAUGGACCGCGCGUUCUUCGCCGCGGGCCCUCUCGAGAUGUGGAGCUUCCUGUGCGGCCUCACCGAGGCGGCGUACGGCUUCCGCGGCUGGGCCAAGAGGUUGCCCCUGCACGGGCUGCAGGGGCCGCAGGGGCUGAGUCCUGGUGGCAAGGGGGGCAGGGGGGCAGCCCCCACCGGCACAAGAGCGUCCAGCAGCGGCGCAUUGCCGGAUGGGCCGGGGGCGCCGCUGCCAGGGCCAUGUCAGGGCCAGGGGCAGGGACAGGAAAUGAUGGGUGAGGGUGCGGGUGCGGAUGGAGAGGAGGCGGAGGGUGUGGCGGGUGCGCGGGUGGCAGCGGCUCCUCGGGCAGUGGGGGCUUCGACAGGGGGCGAUGGAGCCGGGGCUGGGCCACUGGUGAGCGACAUGCAACACAGCGAUUACUACACACAUCCCAUAGUCCACGUGAGGACGCUUCCACCGGAAGCGACUGCGGAGGCAGCAGCACCCGUAUAUUACAAGCUGGACCAGGGCCCCAUGGAGGUGUUGUACGGCUUUGACGGUCCAUCCGUACAGUACUUCAUGUCUGUGGUGGAUACCCGGUUGUGCUGGCAGGCGGACGCCCCCCGGGAGGCCAACCAGGUGGGUGGCGGUGCCAGGUCAUCUGUCUAA